UCCACUACGAAGGAUCGGAAUUUAGAGCUGGUUCGUUCAUGAACGACACAUUACUCUCCCGGACUCGGUCCUUCUGCAGACUCUGAGAGAACCGUCUGAGGUGGAGCACCAUCUGCAGGACAAGUCUCAUGUCAAGGCCGGACUUGAUGAAAGAGCAGUGUUUCACACCUGGGACCCUGUCCUCGGCCUCUCUGAAAAGAAGAUUCCUAAGAAAGAGGAGAAUUGCUCCGCGCGCGCUGCAGGAUGCGGACUCCGACUGCGAGCUGUGCAGGUGUUCUGUGUUUUCCCUGUCUGGCAGCAGUCGCUCUGUCCGCCGGAUUCUGACUGCCUGCCUGCUCUCCUUUCUGGCCCUGCUCGGCUCCGUAUCCAUCGACCUCAGCUCCAACUUUGACCUGUUGCACACCACAGAGGCUGCGUACGAGGAGCUGACAUCGUGCAGGACGAUAGCUCUUCUACAACUCAUCAGUAACCUUCAAAAGAUGAGACAUUUAUUUACAAAAGAUGCAGGCAAUGAAACGCUGGAAACAGGUUUUGAUCAUCUUUGUGGUGAAAUGGUGAGCUACAGUGACUAUAAUGGGUUUCCUUGCACUGCUGAGUUGCCUGGAUUGUGCCAGGAGGCGAUGAGGAGCAUCCAGGGAUUCCUUAAUACUUCGUUGGAUUCAAACAGCUCAAGUGAAAAGAUUACUUUUGCUUUUACUCUAACUAUUGAGAGACUUAUCAACGUCUGGGGCGCUGUAGAGGAUGCUUUAUUCAAAGCAAAACAAAACUCUAAUUGGAGAGAUGUUCUGUCUGCAAGACUUCUGGUGACAUUCAUAGAGCUCAACCACCAGCUGAUGAACUCCCACCACAUGACAACUCCUACUGGUUUCCAGCAUAAGUGGACAUACACUCUGAGCCGUCUAAGCUUUGCCAUGAUCAUGACCGAGCAGCUGAAUCACUGCUGGUUAGAGAAUGUAGACCUGGAGAUAAAUUCCAGCCUGGAAGCUCAACACUCUUAUGUUUUUGACACAAGCCGUUGGCAGAUUUCUAGAGCAGGAGCUGAGCUUCUGUCCGGGUCUCCUGCAGGAAUCCAGGCUCUGAUAAACACUCAGAAAUGCUUGUUUGACCGGUCAGCGUUGGUUCUUAGGUUGGCGUCCCGAUCCAUGUCGUCAGUUCUCAGUAUGAGGAUCUGCCUGCUGGUCAUAGCCUGCCUCAUCUACACCGUGGUGAUGCUCUCUUUCAAGCAGAUGACUGAGUGGAUACAAAACUACGCCCACAGUUUGAAGGAGAGGACCGAGGACCUGAAGCGUCAGAGGCAGCUGGCUGAAGAUUUGCUGCACCAAAUGCUGCCAAAGUCAGUCGCCAAGCAGCUCCGUAAGCAUAAACAUGUUGAAGCCGAGAGCUACGAAAAGGUGACCAUUUUUUUCUCAGACAUUGUGGGCUUCACAUCCAUCUCUGCGUCCUGUAAUCCUCUACAAGUGGUGGAGAUGCUCAACAACCUCUACAUGUGUUUUGACACACGCAUUGACUCCUACGAUGUGUACAAGGUGGAGACGAUAGGAGAUGCGUACAUGGUAGUGAGCGGCCUACCGGAGAGAAACGGGGACAAACAUGCAGACGAGAUCGCCAAGAUGGCGCUGGAUCUGGUGGCAGCUGUCAGACAGGUCUCCAUCCCUCACAUGCCCAACAAGAGGCUGCAGCUCCGAGCUGGCAUACACACAGGACCAUGUGUGGCAGGAAUAGUCGGCUACAAGAUGCCAAGAUACUGCUUGUUUGGAGAUACUGUCAACACAGCCUCAAGAAUGGAGUCCACCAGCCUGCCUCAGAGAAUCCACACCAGUUCAGAAACAUAUCUAGCUCUGAUCAAAGACAAUGCCUAUGAGCUGCAGCUCCGUGGAGAGACUGAGGUUAAGGGAAAAGGCAAAAUGAACACGUACUGGCUGAUUGGCCAUAAGAACUACAGUGUGCAGAACGACAGUCUGGUUUGCCACUGGAAUCCCAACAUGGCCAGAAAGAAAAAGACAGUUGCUGGCAGCCAGGCUUCUGUGGGUAAUUCAUCUGUGACAGUGCAGAGCCUCAGUGACAACGCCACCACGCCGGGCUCUCUUCCUUCUUCUGCACUGAACCAAACUCCACUGAAGCGUCAGUCAGACAAGGUUGGGCUGAGCGUGGCAGCUCAGAUGGAGCCUUAUGGAGGGAGCUAUGGCACCCUGGGCUCAAUGAUCGGUGGUCUGCAGGGAGGAGAUGACAGUCCUCUACCUGUCCAGCGGGGUGGUGGACUCAAACCUGACCUACUGCCUACUUCCAAUCAGCACAUGUGACUGACAUAAGCCAAGCAAAGACUAUAGUAGAUAUUACUUUGAAGUAUAUGUAUUUUAAUUGCCUUAAAAACAAUUCACCUUCUCCAUAUUGUGUUUUGAACAGCUUAUUUGAUGUAGUAGUGUUAUUUUUUUGUGACAUGUGUUUACUUAUGUUUUGUAUUUGUCAUGCAUUUUGUCUGUUCAGUCCACAUUUUAAGUGUUUGGACACUCAGUUACAAUACAUGUUUUC